CUAUAUAUCGACUUGACCAAACACGAAUCACUCACUCGGUCGUCUCCAUACAGCCGAGACCGAGGUCGAGGCGUUCUUCCUUCGUCUCCCUUCCACUCCCGCGGGUUUCGAUGUCAUACUGGCCUUCGGCCGAUCAGAAGCCGUUGAAGGGGAGUGCAGAUUUGAGGUGUUUACUAUUGGUUUGCAGGAGGAUUCAAGUAGGAAAUCUUUUGUGGUUAAGACGAAGGAAGAAGAUGGGGGAUCAUGUGGUGUUGCACGUCAACCGGUUGUUAACACCCCAAACCAUUGGCACGACAACAGGGGUAGAUGGUUCGAUGUCCUUUGCGGAAACUGCCUAUUGUUUUGCACAUACACAUCCGUCUACUUCGAUUGCCAGCUCUUGCAACGACCAGAAAGGGAAGGAGGAAAGCACGGUUGGAGAGGAAGAUGAACCGUUAAUUCAGAUGGUAGAUUGUCGCAUAUGCCAAGAGGAGGACAACAUAAAAAACUUGGAGGCCCCUUGUGCUUGCAGCGGCAGCCUGAAGUAUGCUCAUAGGGCAUGUGUUCAGCGUUGGUGCAGCGAGAAGGGUGAUAUAACCUGUGAGAUCUGCCGUGAGCAAUAUAAGCCUGGGUACAUUGCUCCACCACGAGUCCAUUCUGAUGAGACCAUGAUCAAUGUCAACAGCAGUUGGGUCAUUACAGGUUCGCAAUUGAAUUUGCAUGACCCUCGAGUACUGGCAACGACAACAUCACGGGGCCACUUAGUUGAAGCUGAAUAUGCUGAGUUGGCUACAGAUUCUAGCGGUGCUGCUUGUUUCCGCUCUGCUGCUCUUAUAGUAUGCCCUUAUCAUUUGAUGACUAUUUUGUUGUUGAGGCAUGCAUUAAUCAUUACUAAUUCUGAUGGAGAUGAUGAUUAUGAUGAUGAUGCUUCGACGUACUUUUCACUUUUUUUGCUACGGGUAGUUGGAAUUCUUUUGCCAUGUUACAUCAUGGUAUGGAUCAUAAGUAUCUUGCAACAAUGGAGGCAAAGACAGGAGGCAGCAGCCUUAGCAGCAACUCAAGUAUCAUUCAAUCUGCAGUCUGGCCAAUAAAGGAGCUUGCACUUGACAUUAGCACCAGAUUCACCUGCUACUCCCCCACAAGAGCCACAACAGUAGCAUUUAAUUUGGUUAAUGUAGGCUUUAAGCUUGUUCCGAGAUUUAUUUUUGUUAGAACCAAGUAAUUAAGUCAUAGGUUACGGCAUCAGCAGCAGAAUAUUGCUGCGCCAACGCACGGAAAUGAAUGCUGGCUUUUUCUGCUAGCUUUUUCUUGUACCUUCGCAUCGAUUUCUUCAGUUGUAUGUAAUUUCACCUUGGCUUAUUAGAGGACUUACCUUAUAAGACGUAA